CGGGCGGCGGGCGCGGUGUGGCGGGGCCGCUCGCGUGUCGUGACCGGGGCACGGGAGCCCGUACCGCCGGCUACCCCGAGCGGUUUUGCGUGUCCGCAGCGACGGAGAGAGGGGGGCGGGACGUGCGGUCUCGCCUCGUCGUGUCUCCCCCCACCCCCGCCAGGCCUGCGCCCUGCCGGGGAGGUUAUUCAUCCUCCCCGCCGGUGUCACCUGCGCUUCCCCGGGGCCGCCGGGGCGGGGGAGGCUGGCGAUCGGGCCGGGGAGCGCAGCCCAGCCCAGAUAAAAUGGAGCUCUCCUUCCCUCGGCGCAUUUAGGAAUGCAACUCCGAUCCCGGGAGGAUGUAUAAAGAUUAAGUGCCAAACGCCAAAAUGAGCGUGACUUCGUGGUUUUUGGUGAGCAGCACUGGCAUUCGCCAUCGGCUCCCUCGGGAGAUGAUAUUUGUUGGCAGAGAUGACUGUGAACUGAUGCUCCAGUCCCGCAGUGUCGAUAAGCAGCAUGCUGUAAUCAACUAUGACAAGGAGAAAGAUGAGCACUGGGUGAAGGAUCUUGGGAGCUUAAAUGGCACCUUCGUCAAUGACGUGAGGAUUCCUGACCAGAAGUACAUCACCCUAAAACUGAAUGAUGUCAUUCGCUUUGGCUAUGAUUCAAACAUGUAUGUCCUGGAACAAAUUCAACACAAAGUCCCAGAAGAAGCAUUAAAGCAUGAGAAGUACACCAGCCAACUUCAGAUGAAUUACAAAAGCACGGUAAUGAAGAGGGUGGAGCAGCCCAUGGAGCAUGGUGUCUACACUGAGUCCCCACAAGCAAAGCUGGAGAAAGGAGAGAGGAAAGCAAUUACAGAAACCAAUACUUACCGCACCCCUCUUUAUGGGCAGCCCUCCUGGUGGGGGGAAGAUGAUGCAAAUAACAAGGAGGACAGAAGGCAAGAGGAACAUUACUCAGAAAGAUCAAAAGAGAUAACCCAACAUGAAGAGGAACUGAAUGGUAAUAUUUCUGCUUAUAGAGAUGCCCAAGAACAGUCUGUGUUUGCGUUCCGGAGAGAGCCAAGUUACUUUGAGAUUCCAACUAAAGAAUUUCAGCAGCCAUCAAAAUCUCCAGAAACACAGGUCCAUGAGAUCCCAACAAAGGAUGUUGAUGCUGUAGUAGCCCCCGUUGUACAGAGUCACGCCUCUUUCACCAUUGAAUUUGAUGAUGGUACCCCCGGUAAAAUAAAGAUAAAAGACCACGUAACUAAAUUUUCGCUCAGACAGAGAAGACCGUAUAGUAAGGAACCAACUCAUACGGAAGUGAUGUCAGCGGAGAGCAAAGUGGCUGACUGGCUUGUCCAGAAUGACCCAAGCUUGAUGAGACGGCAGUCUCCAGGAGAUGAUGUGUACAGUACAAAGAGUGACCUGCCGGUUCAUGUGAGGACACUUAAAGGUUCCUGGUCGUUGACUGAAUCGUGUUGUGUGCCUUCACACCCGUUUCCUUCUCCAAAAAAAGGCAAUAGGCACGAGGACGGGACGCAGAGUGACUCCGAAGACCCCGUGGCACCCAAGGCAGAGAAGGAGACAACGACGGGCAGCGAACGUGCAACGGAGCAAACCAGGCUGCAGCGCCAGAUGAGGCGUGAUCCCCACGAGAUGCUGCACAACAAGCAGGCCUUUGUCAUCGAGUUCUUCGAGGACACACCACGGAAGAAGCGGUCACAGUCUUUCACACACAGCGCUCACUCGUCCCAGAGCGACACCGAUCCGGGGCUGAAGACCAAGGUUGAAAAGCGCAAGAGUGCGUUGCCGGCAGAGAAGCUGGGAAAUGCAGUACCACCGUCCCACCUUGGAGCCCAGGCAGGCAAACCCAAUAACAGCUCCUCCGGGACCCAAAGAAGUAGCUCCUUCAAGAGGGAGAAGACAGAGGAUCGGAUCAACUCUUCGUCCUCCUCUGCUUCCAGAGCGUCAGCCAAAACUUAUGGGAGCGUUGGAAGGAAGUCUAAAAUGGCGCAGGAUUUUAUGGCUGAGUACUUGCGGGAGACUGCUCAGUCUGGGAAGCCGAGCGCUGAGAAACCGGCACCUCUGCCUGUGCCGGUAGCUCCACGUGUGGUUAUAUCGUCAGAACCAGAGCCUGCCUCUGCUCCACCUCCGGAGAUAAAGUCAGCCCAGGGCAGGAGGAACGAUGAGGAAGACAGUGUGAGUGAGACGGGCACAUACACCAUCGAGACAGAGUCACAGGAUAAAGAGGUGGAGGAAGCGCGAAAAAUGAUAGAUCAGGUUUUUGGUGUUCUUGAGUCACCCGAAUUUUCCAGAAUCUCUUCAGCCUUUAGACCAAUAAUUAAAGGUGAAAAAGAUGACUCCGGUUCUCAUCAGCAUCUAAUCAGUGAAAAUGGCACUAGUCAGAAGUCACCCUUGCUCCAGGCAUUUGCCUCAAAAGCUGUGAGUGGGUCUCAGGCUGAUGCACAGAUGUCUGCAGCAUCUCAGGGGAGUCAGAAGUGGGUGUCUAGGUGGGCGAGCCUUGCGGACAGUUACUCUGACUCUGCAUCUGUCUCUGGGCAGGGUGAUGGAGGUACAGAAAGUGCUGUAGUUCCAAAACCUGGGGAACCAGAAAACGCUGUGCCCUUGAGAACAAGGCGCCUUCUUCCCCAGCUCCCACCAAGUGAGAAAUCAGACAGCCCUACACCCACGGUCCUGGUUUGCCAGGAGUCCUAUUCUGAGGUUACCAAGAGAACCAUCAUGAAGGACCACUGUGUGGAAGCCUAUGGUGAUCCCAGCAGCCGCCUCUUCAUCCAAGAAGACUUGGAUCCAGAUAGUCUCAGCGAUGCCAGUAGGUCUGAUGAUGGCUUCAGCACAGAAAAAGGCAAGAAAUAUAAAGAGAACAAUAAAAUGCUAGAGCAGAUGGGGGAAGACACAAGAUUGGAGAGCCGACAGCCAGGAGCCUCCCGGGUCUCAAACAUGAGAGCUGUAAGUGAGCCAGUUUCUACUUCAUUUUACAUUGGUGAUGACAGCAAUGAUGUGGGGAUUCCCUCCAAGCUCUCUCUAAGCGUGUCCCAUGCUCGAGCAGACAAAGAUGGCAAGGAUCAGGAGUUUUCCUUCAAGUCUGCUGGCCCACCAGUUCCUGGAAAGCCACCGGUCAAAGAUGUUAGUGCUUACAUAAGUGCAGCUGGCAGAGUGGUUAUUUCCCUUCAUCAGAGUCUUCCUCAAGAUCAAGAAAACAUGGCAGGAAAGGAAACAUCAUCUUUUGUUAGACAGGAAAGUUUUACCAAAGAUAAAUCAAGCAGUGGUGUUCCUCAAAAUAAACUCCCGCAUAUUUCAAGUCACCCUCUGCUUAAAGAUUUAGAGGCUGUUCGGUCAACUCGUAUGGACUUUGGUCAGGAGACUCAUCUUCUCCUUAAGGACACUGAAACUGCCUUGGCGGCACUGGAAGCCAAAUUACUUGGUCAAAGCCAACAGCUGGAGCCCUCGGAAACUGCUGGUCAGCUGGAGGACUCCUUGUCAGGGGACUCGGACGUGGACACUGCCAGCACGGUCAGCUUGGUGAGUGGCAAAAACGUCCCAACAGGCGCCCCGAAACGCAAAGCAGUCGUGAGCUUGCAAAAAGAGAAAUCUUCCUCCACGCCGUCCAUCCAGGACCAGUGUGGGCAGCCCAGCGCUCGGGACAGGCUGACAGAGAAGCGGAAAACGCAAGCACCAGAGUCAGCAAACCGCACGGAGGCCCCCAAACGCUUCCAGAUGAAGCGGAGCGCUGGGACUCGAGGGUCGCUUGAUUUCACGGAUGACGAGAGAAGCUCGAGCUUGCCCUACUUGCCUGUCCCCGAUGCAGUUGUGUCUGACCACGAGCACUCGGUAACCCGGCCAGUUCCCAGAAGGAAACCUUUUACUCAGGCCACCAAGGAGGACCACAGCAAAACAACCUCAAAUGUGCAGAAAAUCCAGCAAGUUCUCACCCGCUCCAACAGUUUAUCCACCCCACGGCCCACAAGGGCAUCAAAGCUACGUCGUGCCCGGCUGGGAGAUGCUUCAGACAAUGAAUGCGUCGAUACUGAGAAAACAGCCUCCAACGCUGAAGCCACCACUCCAGGCCCCAAGCAGUCCACGGAGACGAAGAAGCUUUCCCGGCUGGACAUCCUCGCCAUGCCGAGGAAACGGGCAGGUUCAUUUACGGUGCCCAGUGACUCCGAGACGGCGCAGUCAAGGACAGGGUUUUCGGGCCGGAGUGUCGAGUCCUAUCGGAAGACGGGUGUUUCAGAGGUUAGAGCCGCGGCGAGGAAAACGGCAGCCGCUGCCUCCGCAAAGCAGCCUUUCAGCAGGACCCGUUCAAGCAGUGUCAAGUAUUCCUCCUCGUCCACAUCAAGGCGGAGACCACAGGGUUCAGAUUACACUUCUACUUCGGAGGAGGAAUAUGGCUCAAAUCACAGCUCCCCUAAACACAAACGCUCCCAUACUUCAACAGCCACACAAACACCGAGGGUACGUGGCUCUGGGCUGAGCAAGCAGAAGCACAACGGCAGAGAAACGGAUGAUGAUGAAGAUUUUGAUGACCACCCUGACCCCUACAACUUCAUGGCGCAAACAGCAGAGAUAGCAGAAAUAGCCAGACUCAGUCAGACCUUGGUGAAGGAUGUGGCCAUCCUUGCUCGAGAGAUUCACGAUGUUGCUGGGGAUGGGGACUCACAGAGUUCAUCGGGGACAGGACCAAGCACCUCCCUCAGCUCUGUGCCCAACACUCCUGCUUCCACCAUAUCAGCGAGAGAAGAGAUUGCUCGUAGAUCUUUUCGGCUGGCAUAUCCAUCUCAGUUGGUGCAGCACAUUCCAGAAGCAAGUCUGAACUACCAGAAAGUGCCUCCAGGAUCAGUGGAACUGAAGGAUUUUGACCAAAAUAUGAACAAUAAUAGAGAAGAGGAUCCCUCAAGAAAAACGAGGACAAGAAACCGUGAGGAGGUAAUCUUUGACAAUCUGAUGUUGAACCCAGUGUCCCAGCUGUCACAUACAAUCCGUGAAAAUACAGAAAACCUAGCUGAAAAAAUGAAGAUUCUGUUUCAAAACUCAGAAAGGACCUGGGAGGAGAUGGAGGCCAAAAUGAAUUCAGAAAAUGAAGUGCCAAUUCUGAAGACAUCAAACAAGGAAAUCAGUUCUAUCCUGAAGGAGCUCAGGAGAGUUCAAAAACAGCUCGAAGUCAUAAACGCUAUCAUUGACCCUACUGGAAACUUGGAUGUAGUUGCCAGUAACAAAGCAUCUUCUGCUGCUAAACAAUCUACAGCCACUAAAGUCAGGACUGCUAACACUUCUGGGUCUACACUGGAGACUUUGUCCCCAGUACAGAUGAGAAACUACACACAGAAAUCGAACUGUGGGUCUUCUAGCUUACAAGAUUCGAAUUUCAUUCCAGAUGGAGAGAAAUAUGUGAUCUGAUACAAUAUUUUGUAUUGCUAUCAUAUUGUAAUCUACUGUUGCAUUAGUAUUGUGUAUGAGUGGUUUGUGGACAAUUUGUGUGGAGCAGAUGUUUAGAUUGCUAACACGUUGCACAAAAAAAAAAAAAUCUAUGCUGUGAGGGUGAAUGGAAAGUCUGUGUAUGCCUUUUAAACAAGACUAGCACUGUGGAGCAGCACAUAUUCAGCAUAGAGGCAAACUGAUUUUUAGAAAAUUACUCACUCUUCCAGUGUGCCAUAAGGAAACAGGCUUUGCAUACGCUCCAUUCAAUACUGCCGAAGCUAAAGUGUUCUUGCAUUGGCCUGUUUAUAAUUAUUCAGUUGUAAUGAGGCGCAAUUUAAAAAAAACACUUUUUGGUACUAUAUUUGUUUUGGUUUUGUUUGGGGUUUUUUUUUUUUUUCUAAGUGUACAAGUGAAGCAUUACAACUCUGUUGGAAUCAAUGUGCAAAUCCAACAGGAUGAUCGUGCAAUAUCUUGGGUUUCUAGGAGAAACUCUUAAUACAGUUGUGUAAGAAGUCCUUUUCAGCAGUCAUAAAAAGGCAACUACACUGAAGUUGUGCAUCCUUUUUUUAGUCCAAAAAACAAACCAAGACAGAAUAAACCCUUUGUUUUUCUCUUGGGAAAGUGUAAAAGUUAAUAAUGGUAUGAAUGUAAAGACUACUAAUGCAGUUACUAUUUUUGAUGAUGUUUCCGGCCCAAAGUUUGGGGUUGGUACAAAAAGUCAGAUUUUACAGUUUAGCUUGCCAAAUUUUCAUGCUCUCGGUACAAAUGCUGUCUUUAAGCUGUGCUUUUUUUUUUCCUUUUUUUUUCUUUUUUUAAAUGUACGGUCUUUUUACAAUGAGCUACAAAUGCUUUUGGCUGGGCCAAAGACUUAAGAUGUUUGUGAUUAGCUAAUUGCUGAGAAAAACAUCUGUUCCAUGGCUCAUGUAAUAAACUUAAUUGCACAGUUGCUGUGAACUAGUGUUCACUUGACAGCACUGAAAAAAUAAUGGCUUAAAUGUAGCUCCACCUUCACAGCUAGUUCUGUUAGGAAUUUUUUUCAAUGCAAAAGUGCUUGAAGAGCACCAUUCUGUGGUAUUCUUCAGAAACUAUUGAACAGUGUCAAGCACUUUGUACAUUUGGGAUUUUUGUCUGGAUUUUAUUUUUGGUCUGUUAUAAUCCUAGAAAUACUAUGUUACGUGCAAUUGCACCGAGCAAUUUCUUGUUUAAAAAAAGUUGGAUUUUGUAUUCUGUCUUUCUGUGAAACUGCAAAACACUAAGCAAUUUUUGUUGCUUUAAGAGCAAAAGUUUUGUUUUAGAGGGGACCUCUUCCAGACGUGUUUGCUCCCAGUUUUUUCUGUCUUGUAUCAAUUCCUUUUUCAUUCUUCCUGGUCAAUAAACAGUAAUCAGGUAAAGAAAUUUUUGUAGCUGUGGAGGAUACUUUUACUGGGAAAGGUGAGCAGAUGAGUUCCACUUUGCCCUCAUACAGUGUGUAGUUUAACCAGUGAAAAUGGUUUCCCAAGCUUGACUGCUUCUUGUGUGCUGACUUUAUAUUUUGGGGUGGGUAGUGGAUUCCUUAGUUAGCCUCAGUAGUUACCUGAGCUUUUCUGCUAGAAUGUUGUAACAGUGGGAACCUGUUAAAAUAAUUUAAAUAAAUAGGGAUGCUCACAAAGUGUUUAAUCUUACUAGUGAAGACCGUAAUUUCUUUCCUGGUGAAGCUAGUGGGAGCUUUCUAUCAAUUUCAGCAUAAACAGAAUUGAUCCCAGAAUGGGAGUAUGCCAACAGGCCAUUAGUUUCUUUUGAGCGUGCAAGAUGCUGGCUGGUAAACAAUAGGUGCAAAUAUUCUUCCAAGAUUUUCAGUAGGUUAUAAGACUCAUCUGCUUGUAUGGAGGUGCUCUUCCAUGAAGAAAUCUGCUGGAUUUCACGUAGAUGAAUGCAGAAUAAAAAAAGAAUUUGCCCUUGAUGUUGUUCUGCCUGUAAUAUACGCACUAUCUGAAUGUGUUCAUUCAGUCGUUUAUUCUGAUCUGUCUUUUCUUGAAAUACCUGACUGUGUCCUUGAUGAAUAUCAUAAGUGGUGGUAUAAUUCCUGAUAUAUGAGAGACAAUUUUUCAAGCCCUUCUUGGUUAGGGUUUGAACCAUCCAGGUGCUACCCCAACUCACUAGGAGUUGAAGGACCUUCACAGAUAAGGUGUUGCUGUUAGUUUCAGUUUUGCUGUAGAGACAAGUGAAUUACUCAGACAUCUGACUAUUAUUAUUACUUGUUAACCACGUUUCCACAUCUUCAUGGCUAUGCUCUAGUGGAUUUUGUUUCUCUACAAUGUGUCCUUGAUGGGACUUCUGUUUACUUUCAUUUGAAAAUUGCUUGAUUCUUCUUUCAUUCAUGAACAUAUCAGGGAUGGAUUUUCUUCCUUGGUUGCUCUGUUCUGAACUUGAGAGAGAGCCUGCAGACACCUUACAUCAAUUAAAUCAACCCGCAAAAUAUGGUACCUCUUCGAGUGACUAAUAAGGAUGCAACAGUCGGUGUCUGUUUAUAAUUUGGAAAUGUGUGUGUGAAGGGAGGGGAGGAUGCACAGCUUGAUUUGUUUUAUUUGUGACUCAGCCAAACUAUAAAACGCUUCUGCACCCCGACACAACGUUCAUCCUUGGAUCUUUGCAUUUAAAACAGUUUUCUAGUCGAUGAUGAAAUGCAAUAUAUUUUUUCUUGUAUUCACUGCUUCUGAAGCACACCCCGUUUGCACUUGUCUGCUCCAGAUAAGCCAAAGAGCUAGCCACCUGACUACUACUCCUUUGUUGAUUGUUCAUUCUUACAAGCAGUACUGUACACAACCAUGAAAACAUGCCUCUGUGUGACUCCAGUGUGAACCUAACAGACGUGUAGUGGUGUAUCUGGGUGGCCCAGGACCAGUGCGUAAGAUACCUGUUGGCUUGCAUGAGCUACAGAUGGGCCUUGCAUUGAGUUUGGUAGGGGUGACGCUGACCUGUGGGUCACUCUCAUACCAUAUUGCUUUCAUGUGUUUUGUAUCUGACUAAAGAAAUGUAAGGAAGGGUGGGAUUUUCAGAGUCUUAGGGAAGCGAGUGCUCAGGUCCUUUGGGGUUUCCAUACGCCGUGAGCACCUUUCAAAAUCCCAGCACUCAGCUCUUCCGCUAUACUUGAAAUCCAUGUUCUCAGUUUAACGCUUUCAAAUGUAAAAACCUGUUAGUCUAUUCUGAUGGCGUGAAUGUAAGUUCCUGUGAGAAUGUGUACGAGCUUUGUGAGCAAGGACCUAAAUCGUAUCUGCAGUGAUGUCAUGUCAUGGUCAUGCUCCAGGAGAAAAGAACAUCUGCAUCAUUGAGUAUUUUAGUAAAGGUACAACUAGUGGAAUGUUUACAUACAGCCUACUGAAAAAAAGAGGAGACAAAAAAAAAAAAAGAUAAAGUAUUUAAAUGCAAGAUUCUACUAGUUUUUUCUUGGUUUGCAGAUCACACUAGCUAUUUUUGAAGUUCCGUAAAUGUGUAUAACUUUUGCAAAGACCAGACAGAACUACCUGUUCACUUUCGAUGUGCCCCGUGCUGAAUUGUGCCUAUUUCACUCUCUGCUGUUGUUAUGCUGCUGAUUCUGCUGUUCUGAACCGUUCACUGGAUCAUUCCAUUUGCAUGCAACACAAAUGCAAGCUGAGCUGUCUGAGAGUAAAGCUGAAACACGUUUGUAUAACUUGAAUCAAUUAAUGACUUUCUCUCUUCCACACCCUCUUGAAAUGCUGUGUAUAAUUUUGAUUUGUUUCUCCUACCCUGAUUUUUUUCUGCUUUUGUUUUGUUUUGGGUUUUGUUUUUUUUUUUUUUUUUUUUUUUUGAAUGGUAAUUUAUUUUUGUUUGGAUUAUAGGCAGUAUCUGUACAUUUUGUUUCAAGGUGAUGUUGUGGAUGUCUUUAAAAGAACAAAUUGUUAUUUUAUAUAAUUUUAUCAUAAAGUUGCUCUAAUAAAUCAUUCUUUUAUCAUGUGA